UUAAAUAAACUGAAAUAUUAUUUUCUUGUCUUAGUUCAAACAAGCAGACCUUUUUAUAUUGAUGCCACAUUUGUUGUAAUUGUUAUUUAUUUAUUUAUUUAUUGAUAGAAAAACCUUGUGGCAGUCUUAAUAAGGCUAAGUUCAAAGGUUAAUCAGUUGUAGAUGUGACUUUAGUAAUAAUUACUGAGAGUUUCAUAAAAAAAAUCCUUCCAGUUAUUUUGCUAACACAGAGAAACAGGUAUUUUUCGUGCAGUUCCACGUCCCGCCUGCAGGUGGCGCCAACACCGCGGCGCUGUGUUUAUCCUGUGACCGAUGGUAGAAGAAGAAGCAGAAGUUUCCAGAGUUCGUUGUGCAACUGUUUUGUUUGGGGAAGGAACCUCCGCCUCUGUAGAUGUUUCCAGCCGGCAGCUCCAGCUUUGACGGGUUGUUCGCAGCGGCUCCGCGGCUGUCAGCAGGGAUGUUCGGGUGUUUGGUCGCCGGCAGGCUGGUGCAAACCGACGCCGUGCAGGUCGCCUCGGACAAGUUCGUGUUCAACCUGGCGGACUACGAGAACGUGAACCACGUGGUGGUCUUUAUGCUGGGCACGGUGCCGUUCCCCGCCGGCACGGGCGGGGCCGUAUACUUCUCCUUCCCGGACCCGCUGGGCGGCGGGCCGGUGUGGCAGCUGCUCGGCUUCAUCACCAACGACAAGCCGAGCGCCAUCUUCAAGAUCUCCGGGAUGAAGAACGGCGAGGGCGGCGCGCACCCCUUCGGGGGGAUGGUCUCCUCCGCCCCGCCCUCCGCGGCCCAGGUCGGAGUGUCCGUGGAGCCCCUGGAGCAGCUGGUCCAGCAGAUCCCGGUGGCCAGCGCCGCCGUGUCCACCGUGGACACGUUCCUGCUCUUCACCCAGAAGAUGCUGGACAGUCUCUACAACUUCGUGUCGUCGUUCGCCGUCACGCAGGCGCAGAUGAUCCCGAACCCCACCGAGACCUUCAUCCCGUCCAGCUGCAUCCUCAGGUGGUACGAGAACUUCCAGAGGAGGAUGGCCCAGAACCCGAACUUCUGGAAGAACUGAGCCCUGAAACAGAACCAGCAGUCACCUCCGCGUCACGUGCCUCCAGCUGGAGACGUAAAUGAAGUUUGUGUUUUUGCUGGAAGUUGGUUUUCAUCUUUGGUUUGCAUCAGAACCUUGAGUCCGAAGUACCGGAACCAACACCUGGGUCAGUCUGGUCCCAAAGAAGCAGAUCUACAGUCUGUUCUCAGGUUUGGAAUCAGUCUCAGCUACUACCACACCAAAC